AUGAGCUUGAUGCAAACGCUCAUACAGCUUAGCGGAGUUCCCGGCCUCGAGACCGGAGUGGACCUGCUUGGCAAAACCUAUGAGUCGAUAAAGAACAUCUCCGUGUAUAGAGACCAAUGCUACGACGUGUCGGAUAAAUGCGCUCAUUUGCUGUUAGCCGCCCGAGAUUUGCAGGGCAUGGGGGGUGCGGAGGCGCAGGCGGCGAUAGACGAGGUAGAAGCGGUCAUCGAGAAAGUGCAUCGGAAAGUCUGCGGAUGGGCAAGCUUGAGCCAUUUCCAGUGCCUGAUCAAACAGGGCGACAUCAAAAGCGGCAUAGAGAGUAGCUACCAGGAGAUCGACAGUACCAUCAGGGUAUUCAAUUUCCGAAUGAAUGUCCACCUCAGCAAUGCGCAGCAGAACCUAAGACAAUACCAGGAUGUGUACCAGGAUCAGCUGCGGACACAACUGGAUAGACUGGAAGAACAACUCACGGAGGGCAGGCAGCUACCGGCUGCGGAAGCUAGACCUUUGAUGCAAAGCAUGCAGGAGGCACUACAACACACACGAGCGCGCCAACUAGACGACACGCACCUCCAAAGAGGGUUGUAUGCGCUUCACAAGGCGACGUCUCUUCUACCUCCUAUGACCGAACUGACCGGCCAGAUCGAAAGGACUAGCGAACAGCCGGUUGCCCAAGGAGGGUUCAACGAUGUCUAUACUGGCAAGUACCUAUUCCGGUCUCGAACGUGGCUAGGCGAGGAGAAAGUGGCCCUGAAGGUUUCGAGAGCCAUCAACAACUCCGAGAACGCUCAACGAAAAUUUAGACGGGAAGUAGACAUUUGGCGCUCUCUGAACCACCCGAACAUCGUCCGCUUGUACGGGAUCGUUGAACUCAGUGGAAAGCUCUACACGGUUAGCCCAUGGAUGGAAAACGGCAACUCUAUCGAGUACCUCAAGCGAAACCCGGACGCGGACCGCAUGCGAAUACUUCGUGAAGUCGCAUCUGGAGUGGAUUAUUUGCAUACGUACAGUUCGAAUGUUAUCCAUGGUGACCUGCGGGGUGUUAAUGUCCUGAUAUCAGCCUCGGGCAGAGCUCGAAUAUCUGACUUCGGUUUGUCGAAGGUACUCGAUGAUGAGGCAGCGCGGAAUGCGACGUCUAGUUCUACCAGCAUGAGCAGCACGCGAUGGUCCGCCCCCGAAAGACUGGACCCCGAGAGCGGGCAGCACCUAAGUUCAUGCGCGUCCGACGUUUGGAGUUAUGCUAUGCUAUGCUUGGAGCUCUUGACCGACAAUGUGCCGUACCCAAACAGGAAGGCGGAUGUCCACGUCGCGUUGGAUAUUAUCAAGGGCAUCUUACCCGCUCGUCCUGGCGAACCGGCUGUCUCACGUGGAUUGAACGACAACAUGUGGCGGAUCAUGACUGCUUGCUGGAAUAUGGUUCCUGCGGAGCGACCGAUGAUGUCCCAAGUUCGGAAUGCGUUACGCGAACUGCAAGAAGGACCGAUCGCCUCGCUAUCCAUUGGCUCUGCUCCUUCCACGUCAACGUCGCGUCCCAGUCUUGAGAGCCGGAUAGGGCGACCUCUCCCGCCGCUACCCACAAGCGCGGGUGCAGUUGACUUCCCCCAGCGCGUACCGGCAAUGUACACCUUACGCCGUUCCUCCGAACCUGGCAUAGCUCAUCAUCCUGGCACGUCGCUCACUGCGCCCCCUCUUACAACUUCAUCGUCCGGCCGGCCAUCGCAAGUGGCACCCGUACCCGUAGCAGGCCUCGGAAAUCAACGACACAGGCGGCGUUCACCCACCGAUACAUCUUUAGCAUCCACGUCGACUGAUGGAAAUGCCGCAUGGAUCAAGGGACAAUACCCCGCUCGCUCCAGGCCUUCAACUUCUGAAAGUGUCGACCACCGCCCUCCCCUCAGCCCCUCGGCGUUUAGAGCGCUGUCUCUGACACCCCAAGCAGCAGCAGCCUCGUCUCCGAUACCGAUCCCAAACAAGUCGCGCACAAGGUCCUCCUUCGAUAUGGCCUCUAUCCACGCCGGCUUAAUCUCGACUUCUCUGUCUUCUGGAGGGCUGUCCACCUCGCCGGGCUCCGCCUACAUGUCUCCCGUCCCAGCGGAUUCUUCGCGUUCGACGUUCACCGUCGACUCCAGUGACUCGUCCUACUCUGCAAAUCUCGAAUCUGCGAUCACGGACCCUGAGUCUCGCACGCGCUUCGCGCUAAAUGGAGACGUCGAUGCAGGGACGCUUCGCGGCCUGAUAGGGAUGCUCCUGACAGAUUACUCUGAUGGGCGUUACAAGAGGUUCAAGCGAGUGUUCGUGAUCAGUUAUCGGGCAUUCAUCACCGCCGAUGACAUGCUGGGAUACUUGCUCAAAGAAUACAACCUUGCCGACGAGGGUGGUACUUCAUCUCAAUCGCGAUAUCCGGUUGACCGUCAAAUCGCAGUACUCAAAAUGAUGGGGGAAUGGCUGGAUCAGUGCUACAUCGAGAGGAAUUCCGACUUCUUGAAUCGGGUCAAGGAUUUCGCAGCAAAUGUGCGCGGCCAGGGUAACCGGGUCUUGGACGAUCUGAAAUCCCAGCUCACGGCAGUGGUCGAUCGCAGGCUGAUGCUCUUGGAAAGACCCAACUCAUUAACACCGAAAGGCUCCAAGAAGGUCGUAGCAGAAGAACCCAGAGAUCUAGCCAUUGCUUUGACGAUAUUGGAAGGCGCUCUGUAUGCUCGCAUCCUCCCAGGUGAAUGCGUAGCAUAUUUGCAACGACGUUACGACCGCGAUCAGCUUGAGCUAGACCACCGAGAUAAGAACUGGAACAACGUCGACGAGCAUCGACGAACCUGCAAGAAGAUUGCUUACUGGGUCAAACGUUCCGUUCUUCACCGUGAUGAGCCCGAUCGGCGUUCGCUGUCGCUCAAGUACUUCAUCAACACAGCGCUUGAGUGCAGAAAACUGCACAACUACUCGUCCAUGUCGGCAAUCGUCAACGCUCUCCAGUCGUCGCAGUUGAAGGGCCUCAAAGUGACAUGGCGAGAGCUGCACAAGCGUGACAGCGCGAAUUUGCAAGAGAUGGUAAAGCUGCUCAACGAGGCGAACGGUCAUGGGGCUUACUACGCUGCGAUAAAUUCGGCGCGGGGAAGAUGCGUGCCAUGUUUAGAUGUCCACUUGAAGGCCUGUAAGGCUUUUCAGCAGAAACCGACCAAGGAGUGGGAAGGACGACAGCUGAUCAACUUCGCGCGCUGUUAUGAGCUUGCGGACCAGGUGGAAGAGGCGCUCAAGUACAAACCUCCCGAUCUGGAGGCUUAUCGCGACAAGGGCUGGCUCGCGUACCUCGAGAGCGCCCUCCGGGGCGUGCGCGACGACCCCAAAUCAGUGCGGGAUCUUGAAGAAAGGAGCCGGAUGCUGACGGAAAAGGAAGAUAAACUAUUCAAAUCGAGGCACUUCGAGCUGGCCGCGGCCGGUUUUCGGGUCUGAUUCUGGGACUAUCGCUCAUCUUGGAUACUCUAAU